AUGAGAACAGAAACAAAUAGAGCAUUUGAAAACAAAGCGAGUAAGCUUUUUCGGAUACAUUCCUCGAUGUUUUCUGUAACAACACGACAAUUGCUACCUUUCAAUAUCAAAGAUAUUCCUCAGCAAGAAUCAGCGGUGCAGGAUAUAGAAGUUAGACUGUCAGGAAUUAACAUCACAUUCAGAUCUAGAAGAUUGCAAUUUAUUGUACUCUGUUGUGCAGUAUUCGUUUUUUAUAUAACUUAUGGUUUCAUUCAGGAAUUAAUAUUUAAAGUGGAUGGUAUGGAAUCAUAUGGAUGGCAUUUAACAUUGAUCCAAUUUUUGAUUUAUUCCAUAACGGCGUUAAUGGAAAGUUUUUAUUGCACUAUGAUAAGUCGACGAAGAAUUCCAGUAUACAUUCAUUUACAAAUAGCAACACUUACGGUGGGUACGAUAGGUUUUUCGAAUGUCGCUGUGGGUUACUUGAACUAUCCGACCCAAGUAAUUUUCAAAUGUUGCAAAUUGGUACCUGUUUUAAUCGGUGGAAUUAUUAUUCAGGGGAAGCAGUAUUCAUGCAUCGAUUUUGCAGCAGCAUGUAUGAUGAGUUUCGGUCUUAUUAUUUUUAUCUUAGGUGAUACCAUGAUAUCUCCAAUGUUUAAUUCUUUUGGAUAUGCGAUGAUUUCAAUUGCUUUACUUUUUGAUGCUGUAAUUGGCAACAUUCAGGAGAAAUCACUGCACACUUAUAAAGCUACCAUAAAUGAAAUUAUUCUGUAUUCAUAUUCCAUUGGAUUUAUAUAUAUAUUGCUAGGAUUAAUGAUUUACGGCAAUUUUUUGGACGGAUUCUACUUUUUCUCUAAGCAUCCAUUGCAGACAUAUGGUUACAGCAUAAUAUUUUCCAUAUCUGGUUACCUUGGUCUUAAUGCAGUACUGAGCCUAGUACGUACCCAAGGAGCGCUUACUGCGGUUACCGUAACGACUAUUCGGAAAGCAGUUACGAUCAUCCUAUCAUUUUUGUUCUUUUCAAAACCGUUUGUUAGCCAGUACUUAUGGGGUGGCCUAUUGAUAUUAAUAGCUAUUUAUCUUAAUCUUUAUAGUAAGAAUCGUUCAAGCUGGGAAUUAAUUGUUAAAAAUUUCAUUCAACGUUUACGUUCAUGA